GGCAAAGGUGUACGGAUCGUUUGCAUGUUGAUGAAGGUGCAGUUCAGUUGGUGUGGUACAAUGUGUUGUGCUUGUUGAGUAUCUGUUGUGAUGCACGCACUGCUAGCGUAUUGUUUCAUUCACCUAGGAGCGAUGAAUGCUACAGUUGAAAAACACAUCGGAGUGCAUGUUUGAAAAAUUUGAAUGAAUGUUCGUUAAAAGACAUCGUUGCUUUGGAAGAGACGAACCCGACUGUGAGCAGUGCGCACGUGUCGGUCGGUCAUUAUAACGUUUCAUAGUGCUUUAAACUCUUUUCGUUGAAAAAGCUUGUCGUUACAGUGAAUUAUGAGAAACAAAAGUGGCAUAUCUUUGUUUGCGUUAAAGUGAAAAACUGAAACCGACAGGCAACACCGUACACCGGUUGAGAACGUGAACGUGGUGUUUGAUUUACUGGAAUAUCGUUGCCGAUUCGAUUCGGUAGCAUCUUCAUUUAGCGAAGGCUGUGUUACUGUGGGCAUCAUCAGACAUGAGGAAGUGCAUGCUUCUUCUGCUUCUACCCUUGGCAGUGUUGGGCAGUAGAUCGCCAGCAGCCGUGUUUGAAGAUGUGUUUGAGCUGGGCCGUCCAAAUGCAGCAUUUCGAGCGACGACUGAAAGUCGGAAUGGAAUGAAGGCAUACUUGAGGAAAAAGUAUCGCCAAAUGCGGGAUCCACUUCCGCAAGCGUCAAUGAUGGCUGCCUACACCGCUGCCCACGAACGCUACCAAAAUAUGGAGGAGAAACAGUACGAUCGCGUGCGGGUAGAAAAUUUGCGCAAGCUGUCAUCGGUUCGUACGAAGCGAUUAGAUGGCCAGGAGGCUGCGGCAAAAAAGCCGAAAAGAAUGGAAAUUGUUCCCCGGGAAAUGAUCAAGUUUGAGUUGUCCGAUGCCAUGAUUUUCGCCCCAGAGAUCGUGGAUCCUCAAUCUCCAGAUCAAACGAAGGCUCGCACCAAACGUGAAGAACGGCAAGGGCCGGCUCGCGUGGAGCCAGUACCGCGCGAAAUACUUCGAUUCGAGCUGACUGAUGCAAUGGUAUCGAGGCAGAAAAGUGAAACGGUAAACGGUAGUUCGGCGACAGUAGCUCGCAGGCAUCGCCGUUCGGCCAGUCCCGAUCCGCGUGAUUACGUAAAGUUUGAGCUGGAAGACGCCAAGCGUUCGGAACCGUACGCUGGAAGCAACGCAAAGGUAACGGAAAAUUUGCGACAUCCCUUUACGUCUUCCGACAGUUACAGGCGCGGGAAGGUGUUUGACGAGGUAGUGGAGCGUCCGCAAUCGGUCGGCAGGAACGCGGAGUCAAGCAAGAAAGAGAAACGGGAAAGUACUCCACCGCUGGAAGAAGACGAAGGAAGCGACAUGAGCCCGGAGGAGUCUAGGCGCAUUAAGAUUCGAGGCAAAAAGCAGAAGCAGAUUGCGAACUACGAGGACCUUCCGCUUGGCGUACAGAAAGCGAUUGACAUUGCGCUGAAGGAGAACGAUCGCAUGAACGGCAAAGGCAGAGAUAGUGCGCUGGAGGGGUCGGCAGUUCAAUCCACGCCCAAGUACUUCUUCGGUGACAAGAAACCGAAAACGAAAAAGCCGUACAGUGUCGCGACAAAAAUUUCCGAACCAAAGUUUGUGCCGAGUGUGAAACUGUCCGAAACCCAGCUGCCUGUAGUGGAAGAGGAGUCCAAUGGUCAGACUGGAUUUAAUCCGAGCAGACCAAUGAGCACCGACACCGUGCCCUCGCCGGAAACGAGCGAUUCAACCAAAGCGAGAGGCUCUUCACUGCAGGGCAUCCCAAAGGCAUGGUGGUCGUACUCGGAUCUGCGACGACCGAAACGGUUAUAUCAUAAGGUUCCGGCACAGCCGCUGGUAAUUAGUCCGCAAUAUGUGAGCACCUUUAAGCCGGCCAGUGAGCAGAGCAAGAUGAACGAUCUUUCGCCGGGAUACCAUCCACGAUCGGUUUUCUUUUCUCCGGUUACGUCUUCUAACUCGGUGCCGUCUGCACACUCGGCUGAUCACGACGGUUACAAAACGUCGGUAUCGGACGGCCUGGAAGAAGUUGUCAUAAAGGAACGGCCCAAGAUACAGUACGUGAUUAAGGAGAUACCGGUGCCGGUGCAGAUGAAGCAACCCCGUACGAAGAUCACGGUACAGCCCAGCAUAUCUAUAUCCUACGAUAAAGAUAUCACAAGCCCCGGAACGGGUGAGAGUGCCAGCGGUCAGGGAUACGACAAUCCGUACGGACCGAUCGAGCUGCAGUACGGCCAUAGCCAGCCGGUCAAAGAACCCGCACAGUCGUUCCAAAGCAUGAAGAUAGUGAUACCCGACUCUAAGGAAGAGUCUCGCGAGCAGGACAAUUACUACGAUAGCAAGAAGUACAGCCGGCUGAUCGAUACAACGCAACCCUCCCCAACGCAGUCUAACGAGAUAGACACAUCCGGGGGAAGCAUCGCAGCGUUGUCGGCCCUAAUUGGGCAGCGGCCGAGUGUGCAGCUACAGGGACUCAAUCAACUACUUCACAUGCCCGUCCCAAUGGGAGGCAAUGGUGAGAGGCAUCGUCCACAAGACAGCACUGCGCCGGUGACGUUUCCGGAAUCAUCAACACCGACACCGAAGCCAUCUCGCCCAGGAUAUCGAUCGGUCCAAAUCGAUCAAGGGCCGAAAGUGAUCUACGACGACAGUAUGUACCAUACGGUCCAGAUGAACCCACAGUUACAGAUUCCGUCCAACAAGGAAUACACUCCGAUCAAGGAAGACGUGUCGGACGUUUUGGACACCGACUUUGAUGGACCCACUGUCGGACCACCAGCGUCACAUACGGUGCAUAUCGUCCGAUCGCAUAAGCCGCAUAUUCCCGCGCAACUAGUAGAACAUCACGAGUUUAACGAAGAGGAAGCUGGCCAUGAAACGAACGCGUAUCGCCACAUUAAUAUCCACAGUACUCCGGCCCCGCCGCACAGUGAAUCGAUAUCACACCACUACCAAGAGCAGCAUCACCACCAUCACCACCCAAGCAGCGAUCAUUACGAUGACUCGGAAGGAUAUGCCUUCGGUUACAGGGUUCGCGAUUUCCAUACUGGGAACGAUUUCGGUCACGUGCAGAAUCGCGACAACGGUGUUACGCGCGGAGAGUACCACAUUCUGCUGCCGGACGGUCGAGUACAGAAUGUGCGCUACACAGCUGACGAAAAGGGUUUCCAUGCAGAUGUCACGUACGAAAGCGUCCAUCCGGCGUCACACAGUCGAAAGUAACGAGCGACGACUAUUAAUUAGCAAUACAACUACGGACAAGAUUGACAGAUUUCGUGGGCAACGUGUUGGGAACACUUGCUGUGGAAGCUUCCGAACUCUUCCAAACUCAGUCUUAGCUUAGCAAAGCUACGGAAACUUCUUGAUAGAGAAUACGAACAAGAUUUCUCGGAGGGAAAUGUACCUGUCAGCAAAACCACAUGAGGCGAAAUGUUCACUAGCUAGCUACAUACAGACACAUCUUGCAAGCUACAGUUUCCAAAACCAGCGAUCUUUUGCGAUCAGAAAAGCAACUAAUAACUGUCGAUAGGAUGGCACGUGAUUUACAUGUAAUUUUAUUUAUGCCACUCAAUAUCAUACUUGUGUGCUGGUGAAAAACGGAGGCAAACCAAUCGCUAUACAUAAAUGUUGAGCUUUUCGAACAGUUUCCGUGUUGUGGUUGACAGUUGCUUCAUUUCUUUACGGAAAACUCUUGGAAUGGAACGUUUUUAAAGCUAUCCAGUUUAAUAUGUGAUGAAAUGGGGUACGUGCAAUACAAGGAAAUUUCACCCGGUGUCGUUUCUGUAGCCAUAAAUGAACCGGAAAUUUCUAUAGUUUUUAUGUUUUAUGUAAACGUUUACGAUUACUUAGGAGUAGCGGAUCUCGAUAGUUGUGGUAUCGUAAUGGGCGUGUAGAGCAAAUGGCAAGCUAGUUCAUGUCUCGUGCUUCGAUGCGCAGACAUCGAAACGGUCGGACCAGUUUAGAAUCAACAUUUAGUUCAAGCCAAAUGGACAAUGUACCUUUUUCUUUUAACAUUUUUGAUGUAUUUUUGUUUAACGACAGGCCGGACGUGUUAUUCAACGAGCAAUAAAACGAAUCAUAUUGAUAUAUACAAGGUGCAGUGAUGGAUUGUAGAGACUAUGCGCUAUACUUCUGUGUUCCGGACACAGUUUUCCAAUUUGAUUUAUAUCUGAAUAAAUGUAAACUUCUUCUUCUUUCUUGGCACUACAACCUCGAGAGGUCUCGGUCUGCCAAUUCUGGCUCUCUGUGACUUGAUUAUACCCGUAGCAAAGUAGUCACCUCUACGUACGGGGAGAUGGUCCGGAUAGGAUAUGAAUCCUGGUCCUGCCGUGUGAAGACCGGCGCGGUUAUCGCCUCGGCCAACGGACCACCCCAACGUAAACUAACUCUAGUUAAAUGUAGUUCCCUACAUCACAAAAAAAAAUCAAAAUCGUAAUUCUUUAUGACGGAACUAAGCUUGUGGUAUCAUAAAACUUUUUAAGUAUGCAUACAUUUAUGAGUCUUAGAGUCUUCCACUGAAAAUUAACAGAAAAACCCACAUAAAGAACUUGUGAAGCCUGGCGAAUUUAAUUCACUGCACGAUGGAGAGCACAUCGUGCAGAUCGUAGAGUUUGUCAUUGCAGCGGCCUCUCCAUUUUUUUCAUUAGUGUUAGUCAGUAACAGAGGCGUAUGUGAGAACUGAGACCAUAAAUAUUCUGUACUGUCCUAGCUUCGUCCGCAGCAAAAGGUAUUUUGAGUUUUGAAGUUUCCUCAGGCUAAAGUUUGACCGGUUGGCAGCCAGCACGCUUGCGCGUAAAUCAACAUCAAUGUUGUUGUCGGAGCUGUCUUUUGACCCCAGAUAGGUGAAGUGUUAGACGACUUCGAAGGUGCGGACACCAAUAUGCUCAGUGAAUAAAUCAACAAACAAAUCAGUGUUUGUUAGCAGGGAUGAUGGUGGUGCCACCAUCAGUUUGGUUUUCACCUCGUUAAUCUCCGACCAGAGGUAUAGGGAUUUUUUUAUGAAAAAUAGUGAAGUUCACUUUUCUGAAAUGCAAACGAUACAUAAAACAACUCAGAACCUCACUUCAUUCUUUUGUAACAUCUUCGUCCACCACGAGACUCACGUGAUAAAAAGACGAUCGCGUACCAGGUCAUAUACUCAAAAGUUUUCCGAUUUCAACACAAAUCACAUUAUUCUAGUUACACUUUCCAAGUAGAUUGAACAAAAUAUCGGUGUUGACAGCCAAAUUUCAAAUUAGAUUAUGCACAA